AUGGCUUCCUUCAAUCCCUUCGCUAGACGCGAGACCCACAGCGCCAGCUCGCUGAAUACCUACCGCGUCCUCGUACCCCUUAGCUGGGUUUUGGUCGUGGUAGUUGGCAUUUACUACUCUUUGCACUCGCCGGACGAUGUCAAGAAGAGCAAGAAGAUCUGGAAACAGGCUAAUAAGCACAACACUCCGUUCAGUCAGAACACUACUUUGACUGGGAUUUACUGGAUCCUGCUUCUCCUAUCGCAGCUAAGCUAUGUCUACCACCUCUUCUCCAAGAACAAUGUGCUAGUCACAGCUGCCGCCAACGUCGCCACCCACUUUAUCCUGAACAACGUCUUCCUGUUCGUCUGGAUCCUCCUCUGGACCCGUAAUUACUUCUGGGGUGCUGAGGUCGUCCUCAUCUUCCACUUCCUCAACCAGUGGAUUACCUACUGGCGUCAUCGUGGUCUGCCAGCCUUCGUCCACCUCCCAGCUGUUGCAGGACCUUAUGCCUGGACAUUGACCGCGUUGUUCUGGAAUGGUGCUGUGGCCGUGCAUAGCCACAACCUCCCCGGAAGGAUCGUCGCCAACAUUUUCAUCUGGGUGAUCCUCAUUGUGGGAUUGUUUGAUAUUGUCCUGCGGGAAGACUACAUCCUUGGAUAUUGUCUCAGUAUCUUGUCGCUGUCUCUGGCUUUACGUCAAGUUGCUGUCAAGAUCAUCGCCCUGCAGUGGAUCUUCGCCUUUGUUGUGUUUGCGGUGUUCCUGGUUGUCUCAAUCUACAUCUCCACAACGAAGUACACUGGUCGUGACAGCCUCUUCCGUCGUGUCGCACACCCCGAGUCGACUGACCGCGAGAGAGCUCCUCUGCUUAAUGACCAGGUUUGA